UUUUGUGUAAUUAAACUUGAACUAAAUUUCUGAUUGAAUGGCAUUGGCUGCCUAAUUUUUCGUUCUGCUUUUUGAAUUACUUUAUUCUGUUGAACCAACUUGUCGCGAAAAGGUCAAGUUCAUAGUUCUUCUUUCAGAUAGCUGUAUAUGUCCUGUAGAUUAGCCCCUCCCUACAAGUUGAUUUGUUACACCGAAUGAAGUGCUCGACAACAUUGACGAAAUUAAAACAGUUGCCAUUACGUUAUAGCCUUAUUUCAUCAUCAUUUCAUAUUUCUUUUUACUCUUGUAGUUUAGGUUGUCUUAGAUGGCAUUACAAGUAUCAGUUUAAAAACAACCACAUAAACUUCGCCGAAUUUCGUGACAAUGCUUUACUGAAAAAUGGAAUAAACGUUGAUUGAUAUCAUUUGGUCAAAGUAUUGCACUCGGUUCUAUUGGCGUAAGACUUGCAAUAAAUUUUAAACAGCUCCCUGAAAUGCUGUGAAUUAAGAUUUCACGCUUGAAAAAUUUCUUUACAGGUCAAGUAACAGGGAUGGAAUUUAUCCUGUAAUUUGAUACGACUAAAGCUGCCAUCAGAAAUUGCUACCAUUGUUGUAUUAUCUACAUUCAAUUCAGCCACCAGAAUUGGUGUGAAACUCAAUAGACUAUUAUUGGUUACUUGUUCCUUCAUUUAAUAUUGUAGCAGUAUAGCUUAUCUUUUUUCUCUGAUUCGUUUUCUUCUUUCUCUCUUGUUGUCAAUAAUAUCUCGAGAUAUCUUUCAAAGGUGCUAGAUUGUCCUAAUAAUAAGACCCUUUUCCAUUAUUUUAGUUACUCUGCUUCCAAACGAUUUCUUUUUGCAAUCAAAUUGAACCGAAUACAUCAAGGAAGUUGAACUUUUGUUACAUGAUUUGAUAUCUUUUUGAUGCAAUUAUAUUCACUGUUGAUUUUUUCAGUUUCUAAUUACGAAGACCUAUAAAUACUCAUAUUCUACUUUUAUUUCCUCUAAAUCAUCUAAACAUUAUUAAAAAGCGACCUUUUGCCUCUUUGCAAGUGUCAUUUUGUUUCUUAUAAAUCAACAAAAUGCAAAGAUAAGGACGACCAAUGCAAAAGGUUAUGCUAUGAAUUAACAAACCAAGUAGAAGGCGAACUUAUUUAAAUUCUUUGAAUUGGUAAUUUAAAGUUUACUUGGUAACAGGCCUGAAACUUGUAUAGAUUGCUGUUAAAUUGCAAAGGUGCUUCUCGUACUUGGUCAUAAUUCCUAGUACCACUGAUAAGUUAUCAAUCUACUGAUUCGAGUCGACUGAAUUUACGGUUGGUUAGCUUCUGAAAUAGAUUUAUCUUCUCGCGCUAUUCUGGCUAGUUAUAGCUGGUUACUAACCUUACUUAUCCUUGUCUUUCAAUUUGAUCUGGUUACUCUAACCCUGGAAAGGAUAUCUGGAUUUUGGAACUGUUCUUCAGUUCUGUUCAAGUAGCCAUGCAUUCUGGGGGUCCCUCGAUGACCAACUCUGCCGGUCUACCCCCUCAACCGCCAGUUGACAACACAAAAGCCAGAAAAACCAAGUACACUUGGAGUCAGUUGAACCAGUUCGUGCGUGACAACCACAACAACUACGCCAGUGUCAACCUCAGAGUUCCCUCAUCUCUCACUCUGACAGACACAACCCCCUCCCCGCCCUCUCUUUCCCUACGCAGACUGCAGCCACUUAGUACACUCAAGGGGGCUGUCAAAGGGGCAGGGGGUAAUUUGACUGGGAAUAGUGGGAGUGGUAAACAGGAAAGGGGAAUGGGCGAUGGAAACAACAACGAGUCAACCAGGUCUAAAGAAGGAGCAUCCGGGGGUUCCAUACCAAUGUCUACUUCAGCCCCCACCCCAACCACCCCCUCCAACAGGGCCUUCCACUUCAACCUGGAUGAGCACUCGAGGGGAGGGGAGGAGGGAUGGAAUCCUAUUCUGGGCACAUACCUCACAGCCACAGGCGAACACUGCUACGAUCACAGCAGGACCAAUCCAGACCUCAUUAAGCACUACGAGAGCGAUGAGCGUCUGUACUACCUGGGCUACAACAGGGAAGACAGUAGUAGGGAGCAGACAGUGCAGUUUAUUGAUCUGCCCAGCAGUCGCACAAUAGAAGACUGGUCCACCCUCCACUCUCCCCCCUGUCAACAGCCCAAGUGUCUCCUCCUGCCAUGGAUGGACGGAACUGCCACUUCCACUGCAUCUAAUGCACACUGCAACAGUCGCUCAUCACCCAAGUCACGUGGGUUCAGUGGGGUAAACAACAAUAACAACAACAGGAACAAUUCUAACAACAGUUGCGCAAACAGCACUACUAGUAGUAACAAGUACAGUGGCGCAUCGUCGGGUGGGGGGAGUCAGCAGCAGUUGCCGAGGGAAGAGCAGUUGUUGCGGGAGAGGAAAAGACUGCCUUCGAUGGGCAUUAGUCACUUCCACACUGAUCCAAAGUGUGAAACUAUCGUUUUCAUCAAUGCAAAGGCUCUCUACUACUGCAAACCAAGAGUGCGCGAAGGUCUCAGUCCCACCCUCAACUCAUUCACCCGCUCCGCUUCUUCCCCCCACUCCCCUUCCUCCUCCUACUCCCCCUCUCACCCCAGCGUGUGUCCCUCCAACCCAGACCUGAUCGCAUUCAUAUGCCACAAGGAUAUCUACGUGUUGAACACAAAGUGUCAAGGACAGGCUGUGGAGACAAGGCUGACGUUCACGUACAAGCCGCCUGAGACACCAAAGGUGUUCACUUUUCUACAUGGGGGAUGGGGCAGCAGUGGCAGUAACAGCAACAGUAAUGCUGCCACUCCUCUAAGUGCGUCAUCAGGCAGUGGUGGAGACAGAUGGAAGGCAGAUGGAAAAGGAGGAGCAUCCGGUGGUUCUUCCUGUUCGGGCACAGUGAGUGCGGGUGUUCCUUGUUUCGUGUCGAUGGAAGAGUUCAACAGAUACGAUGGGUUCUGGUGGCAGCCAACCAGUCAAUGCUACACAGAGCAGGAUGGGUCCAUCUGUGAAUUGUACAGGAUCAUGUAUGAGGAGGUGGACGAGUCAAUGGUGGACGUGAUCAAGAUCCAGAACCCACUGAACAACAGGUGUGAGAAAUACAGGUACCCCAAGGCAGGAACCCGCAACGCCACCUCCGCCCUCAGACUCCUCACUCUCUCACUCAACCACACUAGCGGACAGGUGGUGUUGUUGAGCGACUGUGGUCUGGGAGAGAACCAAAUAGAAGCAUGCGUGCCACUAGCAGAGUACCUCACAAGGUGUGGCUGGUGUAGUUCUGGAGACUACUUCUGGUCGCAGUGGCUGUCACGUGACCAGAAGAGACUCUUCAUAGUUCUCACUUCAGUCAGUGCAUUUAAUACAUCCUCGUCCGCAGACUCCUUGAAUCUAUUCAACGCACAAGGUACCCAGGGAGGAAUGGGGUUAGAAAAGGAGUACAGUGGUAGUACUAGUAAACAACAGGCAGUAAAUAACAACAACAAUAACAACAAUGUGAGUGGCGGUUGUGGUGGAACUAGGAAAAUCAGCGAUGGCCUGGAGUUCCUCGAUUGUACAUUUAAUCCUCAAAAAGAGACUCCAUCUGACCAGUCAAUAUCUCCUGAUUUACACACUGUGCUAUCCAGAUUGAACAACAAACCAGUUCUAGUCCAGAAGAUCUACGAGGAGACUAGUAACUACUGGAUUAAUGCGCACGAUAUAAUGCAUGUGGUCCAAUCGGAGUCCAAUGAUGAUGUGAUCACCUUCAUAUUUGCCAGUCAGCAGACCAAGUUCAGACACCUCUACUACAUCCAGACUAGACUGGUGUCACACUCUUCUGCUGGACUGAAUGGGGUGAGAAUGUCUGGCUGUCAUGAGGACGAAUUGGAGGACUUAUGUCUGGUCCAUCCAGUCACCACUGGAGAGUGGGAGGUGCUAGGUAAAAAUAUGUGGGUGGAUGAGAAACGAGGUCUAGUCUACUUUAUGGGUCUGAAAGACACAGAAAUAGAGUCGCAUCUAUACGUCACAAGUUACAAACACCCCAGACUGGGAAUAUUCAGACUCACAGAACUGGGUUACAGCCACUCUGUGCAGAUGAAUGCAAGUUGUACUGCAUUUGUCGACUGGUUCAGUAGUCUGGACACUCCGCCCGCAUUAGUGUACUGCAGGUUGAAACCACUCUCAAUCAACACUACACAUCAGAAUGAAACAGAGACAGUUGUAGCAACUGUUGGCGAUUCAGAGGAUAGCGACAGUUCAAUGGAGUUGGGGGAGGAAGAAUCUUCUUCUUCUUCUUCUUCUUCUGCUGAUGUUGUGACAAGUGUCAAGUGGUUUAAAUUAUUAGUGGCUGGAGUGGAAAGUGAAGCAAACAGAUUCCAGCUGAUGGAUCCGCAGUACCCUCCCAUAGUGCACACUCCGGAACACUUUUCCUUCCAGACCUCCUCCUCGUCCUCCCCCCACCAGUGCACCCUCCACGGACUACUCUACAAACCCAACUCAUUCCAACAGGGCAUCAAGUACCCAUGUCUACUCUACGUAUAUGCUGGGCCACAGGUGCAGAUAGUGAAGAAUGAGUUCAAAGGUCAGCAGUUCCUCCGACUUCACUCUCUCCUCUCCAUUGGGUUCACAGUGGUGGUGGUGGAUGGCAGGGGCAGCGCCAACCGGGGACUCCUUUUCGAGGCUCACAUCACACACCAGCUGGGCUCAGUUGAGGUCCACGACCAGCUGGAAGGUCUGAACUACAUAGCGGGUAAAAGUGGGUGCAUUGAUCUGAACAAAGUGGCAGUGCAUGGCUGGUCGUAUGGAGGAUACAUCUCACUGCUCGCACUAGCUCAGAACCCGUGCAAGUUCAUGUGUGCAGCGGCCGCAGCUCCUGUGGUCAACUGGAGAGAAUAUGACACAGGGUACACUGAACGAUACUUGGGUCUUCCGGAUGAAAAUGCCAGUGCAUACGGCACCAGUUCCGUCUUAAAUUACAUCCAGCAUUUCCCGAGUGAAGCGAACAGAUUGUUGAUCAUUCAUGGAGCUAUAGAUGAAAACGUGCAUUACAGACAUACGGCUAUGUUAAUUAACUCGCUAGUUAUGAAUUGUAAGCCGUUUGUGCAGAUUACGUACCCGCAAGAGAGACAUGGAUUGAGACACACUGAGGCAAGCGAACAUUUCGAAACGUCUCUGCUUCAUUUUUUCAACUCGAAUGCAAACGCAAAUUGAAGAUCGAACGAAAAAUAAAUUAAAAACUACGUUUAAAACGCUAACUUUUGAUAACCUCGCUCCCUUUUAAACCGCAUAAACCUGUUUUUUUUUUUACUUUUUC